AUGAACUCGGUGCAAGAUUCAAAGGAAUGGCAAAUGCCUUCCAACCCACUUCCAAGCCCUUCAGUCGCUGAUGGACCGAUGCACUCAUCUGCUGCACAUUAUCCACCCAUGGAUCAAGGCUACACACAUCCCUUUCCCCAUAGUGCUGCACCUCCCAUACAUCAUUCACCAUCACCAAGCUCGGAUCCAAGAUUGCCUGGUAUGAUUGCUGUAUCUCAACCCAGCACGCCCCGCCCAACUACAGCAACGGACCCAUCGCCCACUAGGAAUUCAUAUACAACACCAGCCUUCCAUUCAUCACCUUAUCCUGGAGCCAUCACAAGCCCUGCUACUCCAAGAAAACGGGCUCGUAGUGAUUCUUUAUUCCCCGCUGAAACGGGCCCUUUUUUCAGCUCUACCAAGCCCUUUGACAAUUUGUUUGCUAUGGACCGCACUACUUUGUUGUCAGUGAGGAUCCAAUCGAAAAUGGAUCGUGGGUUCUUUUUGGCUGAUAAUGAUUGGACAUGCUAUCGACGCAACUAUUUUCAAAUCAGCAGCGCUUUCUCGGUGCAUGGUUUAAAUCAUUAUUAUGCUGAUUACGAACCACAAUGUCUUGUGCGUAAGGAUGAUGGUACUUUUAUGCCUGUGCGCCGAUUUCUUUUGGGUAUUUCGGCUCGUGUAUCGAACAGUGACAAACGUAUCGAGUUGGUGCAGCAUACUCCAAAGCGUGACAAGGGACCUCAAAUAACGCCACAACCCAAACCUAUCACAGCAGGUGGUAAUCUUAGCAUGAGCUCUGUGGGUACGAAUCAAAGCAUUGCUACUUUUGAACGCAUUCAAUUCAAGACAGCUACAGCCAACAAUGGCAAACGACGUGCUGCUCAACAAUAUUACGUGUGUGUCACCGACUUGUAUGCCGAAACGGAUCAUGGUGAUCAAGUAAAGAUUGCUUCCUGCCAAUCGGCACCUUUGGUUGUACGUGGUCGUAGUCCAGGACAUUAUACGGAUGGUCAACAAGAUGGUCAACAGCAUCAAGCUUUGCCACCACCACCACCUGCGCCACAAACAUCGGCAGUACAUCCACCACCACCUGGUGGCGAACAUCAUCCUCAUCAUCCUCAUCAUCCCCAUAGUGCUAUGGCCGCACCUCGUCCUCCUUAUACACCUCCUCCUAUGAUGGCUAAUGGUGGCAAUGGUGGUGGUAAUGGUGCUCAACCACCCAAUGGAAAUGAGUAUUCAUCCUAUCCUUAUUACUCGAGUUACCCCAUGUCAAUGCAGGCACCAUUGGCACCUUCCAUGGUAAUGACACCACCAACUCCUUCAUCAGGUCCACCUCCAUCACCUCAUCCUUACGCUGCUCCUCCUCCUCAACCUACUCCACCACAGCAUGCACCUUCACACCAUCCUUAUAUGCUUUCAUCCAUGGCUCGUAGCCAUUCACAAUCGGCUUAUUAUUGA